AUAUUUUUUUCCGAUCAACAUUGAAGUGUGACAGAUAGAAUUAAUCAAUCAAACUAUCUAAUGGAGAAAUUGGCGAUGAUGAGAUCUCUUCACCGUUCCGUCUCACGGAUGAGAUAUACAUCUUUCAUAGCUCCGGCCACCACCACCAACCACCAUCACAUCCUCCGCCGUAAAAUCCACUUGUCUCCGCCGUCGCCAAUUUCCGAUACCCAUUCUCCGUUUGCAAUGGGACUUGGAAGUACGCGUUGCUUCAGUGAUGGCUUGACACACUUGCCAGAUAUUAAAGAUGGUGAUAUCAAACUUGCCUUCAAGGAGCUGAUGGCUGUAAACUGGGCUGAAUUACCAGACACUGUUGUUAAUAAAACCAAGAGAGCCCUGUCUAAAAGCACUGAAGACAAGGCUAGCCAGGAGGCAUUAGCAAACCUUUUACGUGCUGCAGAGGCAGUCGAAGAGUUCAGUGGGUUCCUUGUCACUUUAAAAAUGGAAAUUGAUGACAGUGUUGGAUUGAGUGGCGAGGAUGUAAAACCUUUAUCCGAUGACGUUGCCAAUGCAUUAAGUAUAGCGUUUGGACGCUACUAUGCAUACUUGGACUCUUUUAAACCAGAUGAGGGCUAUCUGAAGAAAAAGGUUGAGAACGAGCUAGGGAUGAAACUCAUACACCUGAAAAUGAGAUGCAGUGGUCUUGGUGGUGAUUGGGGAAAGGUGAGUGUUCUCGGGACUUCUGGAAUUUCUGGUUCAUUUAUCGAGCACAGAGCAAAUAUCAGUUAGUGAGAGAUGCAUAGGCCUCCAUCAUGUUGUCUUCAGAAAGUUGUUCAUAUAGGUCACUUUUUUAUUUGCCCAAAUACUGUUUCCAUCUGUUUCUGCCAACGUUGGUUUGGUUUUAAUUUUGCUGUCUGCUUGUCAACUGAAUAAUAGCAGAAAAACAUCAUGUUAGAAUUUACAAUUAAUAUUUAGAUCGAACCUGUAGUGUGGUCAUUUUUCACACA